AUGGCACCACAAGCUCUGUCGCGAUCGCAGGGCGACUUCUUCCUACGAGGUCUCACUUCGGAUCCACCGCAAAGGUCGGACGGACGCCAUCUGCUCGCCUUCCGGCCCCUGCAAAUCGACACCUCCGUCGCAGCACAGGCAAACGGAUCGUCUCGCAUCACGCUCGGCGGCACAGAAAUCUUCUGCGGUAUCAAAGCAGAAGUAAGAAGCUUUGGAGAUGACAGCGACGACGAGGAUGAGGAGGCCGAGUUCCAGACUCAGGACGACCAGGAACUCGCGGCCGAGGGCAGAAAGACGGGACGCAUCAAGUGCUCGGUAGACUACUCGCAAUCCUUGGUACACUCGUUCGAUAGCAAGGUGCUGGACGCAUUGUCCAUCUCUCUCUCAUCCAUGGUCAACUCGGCCUUCUCGCCAAGAUCAUCGCCGCUGCCUUUGCACCAGCUGCUCAUCAUCGCCAACGCCAAGCACUGGACAAUAUACAUCGACCUGCUCGUCAACUCGCUCUCCGGUGGCAAUUUGUUCGACGCUGCUUUUGCUGCCAUCUUCGCCGCCUUCUACGACACUCGCAUCCCCGCCACGCGCGGUGUGGCCUUCGAGGCGCCUGCCACGCUCGAUGAGUCGGGCAACGCUGUGCAAGGCGCAUUUGCCAAUUCGCAGGGUGAUCUGGACCAGAUGGGCAUCAAAGGUCUGCUCAAGAAGAAGCCCAAGACACACGCUGCGGGUCCGUCCAACGCGAGGUCCGGACCGGCCUCCAAGGUGGUCGAUUUCGAGCUCGAGCACAGCGGUGAGGACGGAGCGGCGCUAGACGGUCGUCAGGACUUGCCGCUGUGCAUCACGGUCAACGUGCUGCCCCACAGCUACUUGCUCGAUGCCGAUGUGGACGAGGAGGCGUGUGUCGGCGCACGCGUGCAGGUGCUCGCAACACGCUCGUCCAAGGUGCUCUCGGUACGCACCACGGGCACCGACGAAAUCCCGUUCAAGCGGAUCAGCGAGGCCAUCCGGAUCGGAAGCGUCCAGGCGGCAAGGCUCGCCGACGCAUUGUUGGAUCAGCUGGCUCGAUCGACAGGUCCAGAAGACGAGGAGGAGGAGGAGGAUGCCGCGGCCCCAGCGCCAGCACAUGCGUCGAUGGAGGUAGAUGCGUGA